AUGAAGGGCGAGGCGGAGGCCGGGGAAGAUGGCGACGGCUGCGGCUUCACCAGCGUCUUGUCCAAGCGGAGCCGGCGGAAGCGGCGGGCGGGGACCGCCAUGGACACGGCGGAGCCGCAGCCUAGCAAGAGGCCGGCUUUUCCGCCGGUGGCCGCCGAGACGCUCGGGGUCGGAAAAGGCGAAGUGAGGAAGGUUCCCGUGCCGGCCAACAGAUACACCCCGCUGAAAGAGAACUGGAUGAAAAUAUUCACGCCUGUCGUGGAGCACUUGCGACUUCAAAUCAGGUUUAAUUUGAAAACGAGGAACGUUGAAAUCAAGACUUGUCAAGAGACAAAGGAUCUCAGUGCUCUAACAAAAGCAGCUGAUUUUGUGAAGGCAUUUAUACUUGGUUUUCAAGUAGAGGAUGCUCUUGCUCUCAUCAGAUUAGAUGAUCUUUUUCUAGAAUCAUUUGAAGUUACAGAUGUCAAACCUUUGAAAGGAGAUCAUCUGUCAAGAGCAAUAGGGAGAAUAGCAGGGAAAGGUGGAAAAACAAAAUUCACUAUAGAAAACGUAACCAGGACACGAAUCGUUCUAGCUGACACGAAAAUUCAUAUUUUAGGAUCUUUUCAGAACAUUAAAAUGGCACGAACAGCAAUUUGCAAUCUAAUUUUAGGAAGUCCUCCAUCAAAGGUUUAUGGCAAUAUUCGGGCAGUGGCCAGCAGAGCAGCUGAAAGAUUCUGAGCUGCAGCAUGGCUGUACCACCAAGGACAAGGAGUUGUGGUUUCUGUGUGCAUGAGAGCCAAGGAGCUACACAAGCACUCGGUCUUCUGCUUGAUUUGUGAGCCCAGAACUGGGACUGUUUGUGCAGUCCAAUUUCAGAUGAGACCUGCUGUCUGCUUUGAACACACUCAAUAGUUCUGUAGAGUCAUUAAAAGUUGUUUUAAUGUGGUUGUGUCUA